AAGUGGAAGGAAACUUUGGGCGCCUCCCACGUCGACCAUGCCCACCAACCACUGCGUCGGAGGUUGGGUGCCGGAUAUCCGCAUCACGUUGUGUUUUGAAUGCAUUUUAUUACAGCAGUACCGUGUACAUGAGUCAGACCUCCACUUGAGGCGUUAGUAGUUACAAGCACACUUGAGUUGCCCAACGUGAGCCUAUCUUUUUUUUGUUCGUCUGCCCGCUUUCUCUUCCUGCAAGCAACUAUUGAAAACAGGCCACAAAUGUCUCACUCUGCUUCCAACUCUGCGAACGCUUUGGUACACGCCCCCGCUUCACUAGACAAUACCUUGACUCCUGAGAUGCCCAUGAACGAAAAGAAAUCCGAGCCCGGACAGGCUUGGAAGGCUGAUGAAGAGCAGAUCCUACCGCAUAAUAACAUGCCCCUUGUUUUCUGUUCCCUGAUGUUAACUCUCUUCUUGUCUGCCCUCGACCAAACUAUCGUCGCGACUGCGCUACCGACGAUUACUGCAGACCUCGGAGGUGGAAAAGACUACUCAUGGGUGGGAAGUGCAUACCUACUCGCCUCGGCAACUCUUAGUCCACUCUAUGGCAAACUCUCGGAUUUAGUAGGCCGAAAGAUAGUCCUGUACCCAUCCAUACUUGUCUUCCUCAUUGGUUCAGCUCUAUGCGGUGCGGCCCAAAGUAUGGCGUGGUUGAUAGUCGCGCGGGCUAUUCAAGGAAUCGGCGGCGGAGGCAUUGUCCAAAUGGUUAAUAUUGUGAUCGGAGAUAUUGUCAGCCUGGAAGAGCGAGGGAAAUAUGCUGGCUACUUGGGUUCGCUGUGGGGUAUUGCUUCUCUGAUCGGACCACUGGUCGGAGGGGCGUUCACGGAUCAUGUGUCCUGGCGUUGGUGUUUCUGGGUAAACUUGCCAACCGGUGGGGUUGCCACGGUCCUUCUUUUCUUCUUCCUCCACCUCAACCCAGUCAAGCACAACAAGACUGUCAGACAACAUAUCUCGGAAUUCGACUUCCCCGGCCUGUUCCUCAUUAUGGCAGGCGUCAUCUGCAUCUUAUUUGGAUUCACUGAAUCUCAACUUGGAUGGGGCUCUCCUGCAACUAUUGCUCCAUUGGCUUGUGGCUUUAUUGUGCUCAUACUGGCUGGAUUCUGGGAAUGUUACACCAUCAGGUCACCUAUUGUCCCUCCAAGGUUGUUCCAAACCAGAACUACAGGCAUCCUGCUUAUCACUACUUUCAUACAUGGACUAUGUUUCUUCUCCUGUGCAUUCUAUUUGCCAGUGUAUUUUCAGGUACUGGGAGCUUCAGCUACUAAGACAGGACUCUUAAUGUUACCAAACUCUUUGGGAUCUUCAAUAUCCUCUGGCCUGGUAGGCUUUGUAGUUGUAGCCUUAGGAGACUAUAGACAGAUCAUCUGGCUCUCUUGGGCUGUCAUGGCUGUUGGAUAUGGCAUCAUGAUUAUGCUGGAUGAGAAGUCUUCAUUAGCACUCCAACUAGUUUAUCCACUUAUUGCUGGUAUUGGAUUUGGUGGGCUAUUCCAUCCUCCACUGAUUGGUAUGCAAGCUGCAAUGCCUAUCAAGGACAUGGCCACUAGUACUGCUACCUUUGGUCUGAUUAGGCAGAUUGGUGCUACUGUUGGAACUGCAGUAGGACAAGCAAUCUGGUCAACAGAGUUGCAAAAGAGGAUCUCUGCUAUUCCCAACUUCACCUUAGACACUUCAAGUGCAAACUUAGUGGACAGUGUAAGACAACUUCAGAACAUCCAGCCCGCUUCUGUCCAGCAGCAAGUCUUACAUGCUUAUACUAAGAGUAUAUCCAUGAUUUGGCUAGUUUGUACACCUCUAGUUUGUCUCAGUCUUUUCAUGACCCUUUUCAUCAAAAAGUACACUCUCAAGAGGAAAAUUAUCAGGACUGGUAAGAAGACUGGAGAUGAGGAGCAAAACUCCUCUCCAACAGAUACCUCUGUGGAGAUCAUUGUGGAUGAGAAGAUUGGCGGUGAAGAACUUAAGAGUGAUGUCUUGUCAGAUGCUCUGCCGGCGACUACGAGGACAAACUCAAAGCCCAUUAUUACGAGCUGAGACUUUGAAUGACUUAGAUAGACUCAUGUAAUGAGAUGACUUUAUGAAAGAAUGACUAUUAUGAACUUCUCCUUAGUGUUCAAACACCGGAUAUAAACAUAAAAUAUAAAUUCAAUGAGUUUUGAGUAAGCUGCGGCGCAAAACCAAAGUUCAGAGGUUUGAGAAGCAAUAAAUAUUGAGACCCGUAGGUCUACCACUCCGGGAAAGCGUGUCAUCCUUGUGCAGGGGCCAUGCUAAUCUUCUCUGUAUCGUUCCAAUUUUUUCGUAUGUCACCCCGAAGGGGACAUUAUGUUUUGGCCGUCUGAUGACUCAGGCGCCGACAUUUCACAUUUUGUUCAACUUGCGCGUGGGCGCUUAGACUUACCUUGCCUUACCAGACGUGGGGACGUCACCGAACACCGACUUGAAGCCUCUUGUCGACGCUCCCACAUAAAGCUCAGGAAGAAGAAAUCUAGUUCUUCACUGAGCGAAUAUGUUUGACGCAAUGUCUUAACAUCCAGUCAGAUAUGCCAUCGAUACUGUUUCUCGUUUCACUGAGGUGACACUACUCAUUCCGAGUCUCGAGAUGUUAUGGACGCCUUCGGAACACCGAAGCAGGUAAAGUGGUGUGUAUUAAAGAGUGGUGAGUAGU